UCAAGGAUCUCUACUCUCUCUCUGCUUGUCCCUAUUUUGUGGAGGAGAGAUGGAUCUUUUCUUGAGGUACUCCCAGCCUAAGAAUAUCUUUAGGCUGUGGUUUGCGUCAUAAUAAAGGGAGCCUGGGGAAGCAAGGGGCGUACAAGGAGAGGGUUCAGUGAGUCAUUAAGGAAGCUUCCUGAAAAGGCUUCAGAUAUUUCCCUGAAACCCGGAAAGAAGUUAUCUCUGACUCUGGAGCUGAAGAUGUGUGUGUACGUGGGGUAGGGGAAGCCUCGACAAUGCUCUGUCUUUUACGUGUGAAAGAAAUUCUGAAGGCCGAGUGGACUUUCUCCGUUGCCCCCUUACAGCCACAUCAGCUGUGUUGCAUCCCAGCAGUGCUAACUCCCGGUUUGAGAACUGAGGGUUGUCGUUGGUGGUGUGGCUGAUUCACUCUGUAAAAAGUGUUGUUUGUGCCCAGCCAUUAUCCAGAGAGGACUCUGUGCUGCCGCCUCCCGCCCCUCUUGACACUACGAACCUGGCCCGCCGCAGAAACCUCCAAGGCGGGGCGAAGAUGGCCUCAGUGCCAGUGUAUUGCCUCUGCCGGCUGCCUUAUGAUGUGACCCGCUUCAUGAUCGAGUGUGACAUGUGCCAGGACUGGUUUCAUGGCAGUUGUGUUGGUGUUGAAGAGGAGAAGGCUGCUGACAUUGACCUCUACCACUGCCCCAACUGUGAGGUUUUACAUGGGCCCUCCAUUAUGAAGAAACGCCGUGGAUCUUCAAAAGGGCAUGAUACACACAAGGGGAAACCAGUGAAGACUGGGAGCCCUACGUUCAUUCGAGAGCUCCGGAGUAGGACUUUUGACAGCUCAGAUGAAGUGAUUCUGAAGCCUACUGGAAGUCAGCUGACUGUGGAAUUUCUGGAAGAAAAUAGCUUCAGUGUACCUAUCCUGGUCUUGAAGAAGGAUGGGUUGGGAAUGACGCUGCCCUCACCAUCAUUCACUGUGAGGGAUGUGGAACACUAUGUUGGUUCUGACAAAGAGAUUGAUGUGAUUGAUGUGACCCGCCAGGCUGACUGCAAGAUGAAACUUGGUGAUUUUGUGAAAUAUUAUUACAGUGGGAAAAGGGAGAAAGUCCUCAAUGUCAUUAGUUUGGAAUUCUCAGAUACAAGGCUUUCUAAUCUUGUGGAAACACCCAAGAUUGUUCGAAAGCUAUCUUGGGUUGAGAACUUGUGGCCAGAGGAGUGUGUCUUUGAAAGACCUAAUGUGCAGAAGUAUUGCCUCAUGAGCGUGCGGGAUAGCUAUACAGACUUUCAUAUCGACUUUGGUGGCACCUCAGUCUGGUACCAUGUACUUAAGGGUGAGAAGAUCUUCUACCUGAUCCGCCCAACAAAUGCCAAUCUGACACUCUUUGAGUGCUGGAGCAGUUCUUCUAAUCAGAAUGAGAUGUUCUUUGGGGACCAGGUGGACAAGUGCUACAAGUGUUCUGUGAAGCAAGGACAGACACUUUUCAUUCCUACAGGAUGGAUCCAUGCUGUGCUGACCCCCGUGGACUGCCUUGCCUUUGGUGGGAACUUCUUGCACAGCCUUAACAUUGAAAUGCAGCUCAAAGCCUAUGAGAUUGAGAAGCGGCUGAGUACAGCAGACCUCUUCAAGUUCCCCAACUUUGAAACCAUUUGUUGGUAUGUGGGAAAGCACAUCCUAGACAUAUUUCGAGGUUUGCGAGAGAACAGGAGACACCCCGCCUCCUACCUGGUCCAUGGGGGCAAAGCCCUCAACUUGGCUUUUAGGGCCUGGACAAGGAAAGAAGCUCUCCCAGACCAUGAGGAUGAGAUCCCGGAGACAGUGCGGACUGUACAGCUCAUUAAAGAUUUGGCCAGGGAGAUCCGUCUGGUGGAAGACAUCUUCCAACAGAACGUUGGGAAGACGAGCAAUAUCUUUGGGCUACAGAGGAUCUUCCCAGCUGGCUCCAUUCCCUUAACCAGGCCAGCCCAUUCCACUUCAGUAUCCAUGUCCAGGCUGUCACUGCCCUCCAAAAGUGGUUCAAAGAAGAAAGGCCUGAAGCCCAAGGAACUCUUCAAGAAGGCAGAUCGAAAGGGCAAGGAGAGUUCAGCCUUGGGGCCUGCUGGCCAGUUGAGCUAUAAUCUCAUGGACACAUACAAUCAUCAGGCACUGAAGACAGGCUCUUCCCAGAAAGCAAAGUUCAACAUCACUGGUACCUGCUUGAAUGAUUCAGAUGAUGACUCACCAGACUUGGACCUUGACGGAAAUGAGAGCCCACUGGCCCUGUUGAUGUCUAAUGGCAGUACCAAGAGGGUGAAGAGCCUAUCCAAGUCUCGUCGAGCCAAGUUUGCAAAGAAGGCAGACAGGGCUAGGAUGGUAGCAGAACAGGUGAUGGAAGAUGAAUUUGACUUGGAUUCAGAUGAUGAGCUGCAGAUUGACGAAAGAUUGGGAAAGGAAAAGGCAACCCUGAUAAUAAGACCAAAAUUUCCUCGGAAAUUGCCCCGUGCGAAACCUUGCUCUGACCCCAACCGAGUUCGUGAACCAGGAGAAGUUGAGUUUGACAUUGAGGAGGACUAUACAACAGAUGAGGACAUGGUAGAAGGGGUUGAAGGCAAGCUUGGGAAUGGGAGUGGAGCUGGUGGAAUUCUUGAUCUGCUUAAGGCCAGCAGGCAGGUGGGGGGACCUGAUUAUGCUGCCCUCACUGAGGCCCCAGCUUCUCCCAGCACUCAGGAGGCCAUCCAGGGCAUGCUGUGUAUGGCCAACCUGCAAUCCUCAUCAUCCUCACCAGCUACCUCCAGCCUGCAGGCCUGGUGGACCGGGGGGCAGGACCGAAGCAGUGGGAGCUCCAGCAGUGGGCUGGGCACGGUGUCUAAUAGUCCUGCUUCCCAGCGUACCCCAGGGAAGCGACCCAUCAAGCGGCCAGCAUACUGGAGAACUGAGAGCGAGGAGGAGGAGAAUGCCAGUCUGGAUGAACAGGACAGCUUGGGAGCAUGCUUCAAGGAUGCAGAGUAUAUUUACCCUUCCCUGGAGUCUGAUGAUGAUGAUCCUGCUUUGAGAUCGCGACCCAAGAAAAAGAAGAAUUCAGAUGAUGCUCCAUGGAGUCCUAAAGCCCGUGUGACCCCAACUCUACCAAAGCAGGACCGUCCUGUGCGUGAGGGGACCCGGGUAGCUUCCAUUGAGACUGGCUUGGCUGCAGCAGCUGCAAAACUGGCCCAGCAGGAGCUGCAGAAGGCCCAAAAGAAAAAAUACAUCAAGAAGAAGUCUUUGCUGAAGGAGGUAGAACAGCCUCGCCCUCAAAUCUCCAAUUUCAGCAUGACAAUACCAGCCACAACUCUGGCCACUGCACCACAACUUAUCACCUCCUCCUCACCUCUGCCUCCUCCUGAGCCUAAACAAGAGGCCCUGUCAGGAAGUCUUGCUGACCAUGAGUAUACUGCUCGUCCUAAUGCCUUUGGCAUGGCCCAGACAAACCGCAGCACUACACCCAUGGCCCCCGGCGUCUUCUUGACACAGCGGCGCCCUUCACUUGGCUCCCAGAGCAAUCAGGCAGGACAAGGAAAGCGCCCCAAAAAGGGCCUGGCCACAGCAAAGCAGAGACUCGGCCGUAUCCUGAAAAUCCAUAGAAAUGGCAAACUACUUCUGUGAGCCUCUUGUAUCCCAUCCCCUACCACUUCACCCCCAUUGCCUUCUCUGUUGUCAACUCUCGGGGUGCUCCUGGAUCCUAUCUGCCCCAGACAAGGUGCUGAGGCACAUUGUCCUGCUUUCUUGGGACUGACCAAAGGCAUGGACUACUCCAUGGACCCCUACUGUAACUCCCUAACUUACUCCCCCACUUUCGCUAGAGCAUCCUGCCUUCCUUCUUUGUAUCUCUGAGCAGCAGGUAAAUGGGAGAGGUUUCCAGCUGACUAGAACCCUCUGUUUUACUCCUGUCUAUCCUUUACUCCUGUCUCCACUGUCCCCAGAGCUAAAAGGCAGGAUGAGGAGAGCGUGAGCCCUUUUGAUAUUCCCAUGGCCAUGAAAUGGGAGGCCCAGGGCUCACCACUUGCUGCAAUUGCAGCCCUGUCUCCACCUCUGCCCAUUUUUCCUUCUCCCCUUUCCCCCCAGUCCAGUGGACAUGCCCCACUUUUCAGACUUGUUCUUAGAAGAAAGCUGUGGUCCUUACCCUCUCUUGCCAAAUACUUGAUGGAAAUAAUGAGGAGGGCCCAGUGUCUCCUUAAUGCCCCACUGUGGGCCAUUUCCAGAGGUGGCCUAGAAAGGCUGAUUAAACUUAUCCUUUAGAAGAAAGGAGAUUUUUGUCACUUUUCAAGGUGGAGAAAGGACAGAUACCCAAGCCUUUGACCAUGAUUUUGUAGCCGAUUGGAGGAGGCUACUUUUGGUUGGCUACACAUAAGUCCCUUGUCCUAAUGUGAGCUCCACGAUUUGUCUGGAUUUUGAGGUCUUACAGCCCAUUACUGUGGCUGGGCUCCAGCAGGUGAAAAAUCGUCUCCCAGAAACCUGAAAGCACCUGCCACUGAAGCAGAUAACCCUGUCCCAACCCUGUGCCACAGAGGACAUCCUGGACCUUCUGUAGAGAGUGUGGCAGGACAGCCUACCCUUGGGUCCUCCAUUGGGAACCUCCAUGCUUCUUUCUCCACUGAGGUCUUGGUCUAAAAAAAACCUAAAGACUGUUAUCUUCACUCCUGGGCCUUUGCAUCUCCAGACAACAGGUGCAGACAGGUCACUCAUGAGCCCAAGCUGACAAGAAGAGACACCCAUCUGUGAAGGAGCAGGACAUCUGAUCCUACCUUCCCCUUUCUUUUCUUUGUGGAUUGUCUCCAUUGUCCAGAUAGUACCCCACCUUUCACCUACCUUGCCUCAUUGGCAAUCUGGACUUGAUGGAAAACAACCCUCCCUCAUUUGGCAUUGCCCAAGUGGAGUAUUUCUUUGCCCUCUACCACCCACUCCACCCUCACCCCAGCUUACACAGUGCUUUUGGGGAAUUCAGCAGCUACCAUUCAGGUCAUAAGGAAUUUGUGGGGCUUCCUUUGUUGUCUUUGUGUCUGCAGUUUGUCUUUUCUCCUUAGCCCUACUCUACUCCUUCCUUGGAAUUGGGGUUUCUUUUAGCCCAUUUGCUUUUUUUACCUUGGGAACCCCAGGGGCCAAGCAGUUCUUCAUCUAGUCACACCAAAGGCAAAAGGCCUGGCUACCUCCCCUUUAGCAUGUGAGUUCCCUAUUCCUCUUCCCUCUAUUUCUUCCCAGCUUUGCUUAUUUGGGGGAUUUCAAGGCAGCAUAAGGCAGAAGAGGACAGUUGAAACUUCUGUCCCUGUACAGGCAACUGCCUGACUGCUGUAACCAAGACUCGGUCCCUAGCUCUUUUGCCUAUUAACAGUCUCUCUUGAUCUUUCAAAGGCAGCUAAUUGCUAGCAAGUCACCCUGAUUCCAGGCCUCUUUCCCCUCUGUUUCAUAGAAGUUUCUGUGUGACUGAAACCCAUUGCCCAUUUGACUGGCUUUUGUUUUGUUUAGUUGGGGUCUCUGAACCUCCUGUUUGUUGUUGUGUUGUUUCCAAUGAAAAGCAAGUUUACCCUCAGAGUUAUGCUUUUCCAAAGAGGCUAAUGUUUUUGUUUUCUUUAUUUUUCAGGUUUAAGUGAAGUUAAGUUGGGGAGGGGUUGGGAGUGGUAGUAACCAAGGUGUAGAACAUGGUGAGAUAGUUACAUCUGAUCUCCAAUCCCCAGCAGGGAACUGGGGGUUCAGAUAGGGGGCAGGGAGAGAGGAUUUCUAUUCACCUUUAAUAUAUUUUUACAAAAAAGCAAACAAUUAAAAAUAAGCCCACUGCUUCUGUACAUGUCUAAAUAUAUUUUUAGAAGUGGGUAGGAUUGUGAAUUUCUGAUGCAGGGCCUUUUUAUAAAUAGGAUAAAGUAGCAUUAUCCAGAUUUCUCUGUUGGUUUUUUUCCCCCUGCUUUUUUUCUUAUGUUGUGUUACUAAUGUAAUUUAUAUAUAUUUUUUAGAUUUUCCCUUUCCUAUAGAGAUAAAAGUGAUUUAUCUUGGCAA